UCGUGCUCGCUGGGGUGGAAAGUGCUACGGAAAUAGUUCCACCGUCCGGAAGGUCUCAAUGCCGAGUUUUAUCCUAAAAUCUUGUGCAUCAUGUUAAGAAAAUAACCGGAACGAAGUUUUGCAAGGAUACGUUGUGUCCCGAGGUGUUGCACCAAUUAUCGUCAUCGUCCACCUCGAUUGCGGAGUACGUCAUCGGUGCUUAAUGUAUGGAAAUUGUUUGCCACUUCAUUUGGCAAUAAUGUAGAGUGCAGUGAAAGUGUGUACCUACAAAGUGCCAGUAUUGGUAAGGGUAUGCUUUCAGGAUGAGUGCACCGCGGCGUAGCUUUCCAACGAGGGGUAGAAAGUACCUAUCCACCCUCUACCACAGCCGCGUCCAACGUCAGUAGGACCUACAACCGUUUUGCCUUGCCCACCAACGACAUCAUCACUCCAUCGCCGCCGCCGUUGUCCUCGCAGGUGUUUCACGUGGUUGAUUUAUAUGUACCACCGUCAUCAGCAUCAUAGAGCAUCUUCGUAUAAUCAAGGGCACAGCAUGCAGCCGUUCGGUUGCUAAAAAUAAACAACAAUGGACGGAGUGAUUCGCUUGCAUCUUUGCUGCAUUCGUCGUCGUCGUCGUCGUUCCUUCCGUAGCCAUUGGUGCGGUCAUGAAUGUCGCCAGGCUACUAGCGUUAGUCGCCAACUGCAGUUAAGCCCGAUCGCAUCAGCCUCUGAGUACGGUGGUGUCCGGAAUGGGUGUUUACCGUCUUAUAUAACGGCGUGUGCAGUAGUGAAGCUGUUGUACACAGAAGCCUAGUGUUCUGUUCAGGGACACGGUACAGGGCAAACGCACGUUCAUUCACACGUGUAUCCGUAAAGCAAGUACGGUUCGCAAAAGUAUAACGAUGGAUAAAUCGGCCGGAUCAGUUGAUCAGAGUAGCUCCAAACCGAGCACUGCGGUGGGAGGGAAAGGUAAACGUCCUUUUCUUGGGCUACUUUCGAAGCGUUCGUCACGUGUCGAACCGCAACGAUGCUCGGAAAGUGAAGACGAACAGCUUCACCCGAGCGAGGGUGGUUCAAGUUUCAGUCUGAUUGGAAAUCAUCAUCAUCAAAUGCAAGCGGGUGGUCCUGGCACCCUCUCAAAAGGACCUCCAGGUAUGCAAAGCGGCGUCAAUAGUAACGGUGGGGGGACAAUAGCUACCAACACGACCAAUACCACCACCACCAACACAUCAACAAACAACGCCAGCCAGCGACAGGAUUCGUCUAACCCGAGCGAUACCAAUUCCUACCAGUUGCUUUCGACAUCAUCGACGACAACAACAACCACCACGACAUCCUCGUCAACCGGUCCGGAAGGUUCUGCGGCGUCAAAAAUACCGGCAGCGAUCCGAAAGCGGGACACAACGGCGUCUCGCAACGUAAUCACUAAUCGGCUGAGUAGUUGUGUCGGUGGGGGUGGAACCAAGGGAACCGGUGCCGAUGCCGGUACGGGAGGCCAGUUUAAUCUAUGCUGCUCAAUUGAUGAAGCGAUUGUCAAGUCACCGGCACGCAACCGCUACUCACAUCCGGCCACGACCGGUAGCUCUAGUGCCGGUAGCGACUCGUACGAUCUCGCUAUGCAACAACGGCGACAGCAGCUCAAGCUGGAACUGACCGCCAAGUCGAGCACAAGUUAUCCGAUCGACAAAUCGAGCCCUCGGAGGCACCGGAGACCGCUAGAGGUCGGUCCUUCGACUGGAGCACGAGACGAAAAAACGCCCCAGGACGAACAGGUGGAGCUGGAGGCCAAUGCGAAGGCUAACGUUUCGUUGGUAAACAAUCGUGUGGUGACCAAACCGAUCGUGUUCCGUGAGUACCAAAACCACACGCAACGCGCCAUCAUGUCAAGCAAGUCACGGUUCAAGGAGCGUUUCCUUCCACCAUUGCACCGCUGCAGUAUGGACGGGUACGAAAAAAUGGAGCAGCACUAUAGCUCCCCAAACAUCGCCGAAAAAGAAGAUGAUCUUCUACUGCUGCCCGGAGGAUGCGAUCUUUCGCUCAGCGAUCAACGCGAAUCCCGCAAAUCCAUGUCGUUCGAUAUGGUGACGGCACCAGGAAACACGGAAACGGUGGACGAUUCGGGACUGGCCACGGGAGGAGUGAAGUCAAACUCGGGACCUCCCGGAUCCGCCGAUUCCCUUGCCCGACAAGCGCUCAUGGCGGCACACGUCCUUAAUCUUAUACCGGCGGAAAAGGCACGGCAAAGAAACUUUCUACACGGACGACUCGCAUCGACGUCGUUGCUUGGUGCGGCGGAACUGGACAAAAUACUGCCAACCCGCGAGGUCACCAUUUUCGUCGGUACGUGGAACAUGAACGGUCAGAGCCCACCGCGGCAGAUGAACGACUUUGUGCUUCCGACAGCGCUCGAGCACGUACCGGACAUAAUUGUCUUCGGAACACAAGAAUCGUGCUCGGAGCGGUUCGAGUGGGAGGUAACGCUGCAGGAGACCCUCGGACCGUCGCACAUCCUCCUGCACUCGACGAGUCUCGGAACACUCCAUCUAGCCGUCUUCAUAAGGCGCGAUCUGAUCUGGUUCUGCUCGGAACCGGAGGACGCCUGUCUCUCGGUACGCCCCGGGACGGCCUUCCGGACGAAAGGGGCGGUCGCGAUAUCGUUCUGCCUGUUUGGAACCUCGUUCCUCUUCGUCACAUCGCACCUGACCGCGCACCAGCAGAAGGUGAAGGAGCGUGUGUCGGACGUGAAGAAGAUCAUCCAUGCGCUCGACCUACCCCGAAAUCUGACGGUUAAGCACCGGAACAAGGACGUGACGCAGAACUUCGACAGUGUGUACUGGUGCGGUGAUUUAAACUUUCGACUGAGUGAACCGCGCGACAAGUUAAUGCAGUGGAUCGAAACGACACAGUUCCCGCUUCCGGCGCAUCUACCGCAUGGCUUUAUGCACACCGAUCAACUGACGUCGGUGCUGGCGGACGGAGCGGCUUUCCGGGGGUUUCGGGAGGCAAAGAUUACUUUCCCGCCUACCUACAAGUACGAUCCUGGUACGCAGCGGUUCGAUUCGUCCAGCAAACAACGCGCACCUGCAUACACUGAUCGCAUCCUGUACAAGUUCAAGCCACUUCCUGUAACGACGGUCCACCGGCGAGGCUCCAAUGUACCGCCAGGUACUAAAAUCUCCCAUCCGCCCUCGCCGGUCAGAUGCCUUGCGUACGAUUCCGUGCAGAGCAUCACGUCCUCCGACCAUAAGCCUGUGUGGGCGCUUUUUAGCAACAGCAUCAGGCCCGGAAUUGACACUGUCCCUCUGGCAGCAGGACUGUUUAACCGGGAAGUGUAUCUGGAGGGUAUGAAACGCCGUUUGGACAACUCCGGAGCCGGCUCGUCGGCCGUCUGUAACAUUCAAUGACGAAAACUGUUCGACCGAUCGUCUUAAGGUGCGUAAACCCCCCAACCAUACGUAUGUAUGUGAUAGAGAUACCGUGGUAGCACAGCCAUGUAAAGACAACAUAUAUCAUGGUAUAAAUAGAGCUUCUCCGGGCUAAUCUUUCCGACGAUCAUGGUCGAGGCAAGCGAAUUGACAAUGCGUAAGAAUUAGAGCUUAUUAAUUUUAGCGGCCGUCUCCCGCAGCGGGAAGCGUAACAACUUAGAUGAAGCGUGUAGAAUUGAGACGGAGCCAAGCAAGCAUGCUUUUCUCAGGAGUGACAGACUUUUCUCGGUCUUUUAGUGACUUGUCGAACUUGUUUUCUUGUCUUACUGGAAAAGCCUUAGGUGAAGCGACAAAAUAUGCCGCGAUGUGGAAAACACACACCUCAACAACAAACUAUAUCUAGUCGAACACGUGGUUUUAGUGGAUAAGUUAGACAACACGUCACCAGUCAAUUUACUAGUCAUUCAUUAUACACUGGCUGUACAACGACAGCCUGAACUGAAGCGGAUGUUUUAAACACUUAAUUCUUCUAAGAACUAUUCAGUAAGCUGAUGCGUGUGUACAUAGAAUAGACCAACAGUGUAUGCAAUAUAGAAGAAGGAAUAGACAUUAGGAUUAGACAUCCUACGGACAGAAAAGGCGAUAGGAUUCAAUCGGCAAUUUUAAAGGAACACAAAAUUUAGCCAAGCUAAUUAAAAUACAUAUGUAGGUCGAAGAAAAUUGGAAAAACCAAAACGCGCAGCCUUUCUCUUUUACUCGAUGAUUAGGGUUACCAUACACAGCAUCUACAUGUAGCGAAGUGCGAGUUUAGACUGUAUGUAUGCGUGUGUAUGAGUGUUAAAAACUAGAGAACUAAAACACAACCGGAAUCUGAAGGUAUUCCUUGAGAAAUCCAUGCUUAACUCAUGUAGAUCGAUUUAACUAAGUAGUUAACAGAUGAGAUAAACUUAGCCACUUUUAAGGCUAUCGUAAGCGGACUGUUAGAAAACAUAUCUGAAACUCUAGUCAUGAGGAUUCGUCCAGUUCAACUGGUGGAUCAAUACACACUUCAUUCCCGGGGAUGGAUUAGAUUAGAAAUAGUAACCAAGCCUUAAAGCUUGCUCCUUUUAUAAGUAUGGUCCAUAGUUUGCAGAGGGGACGUUGUGUAUUGUUUUCGUCAGUACUUUUAAAAUCAUUUUAUUUGUUACUUAUGCAGUACUUUUACCCUUUUCAUAUAUUUAUUUAUUCUCUCUUAUGAUUGCGAUUUGAAUUCAAAGUAUUUAUUUUUUACUAAACUGUUGCUCAAUUGGUUUAGUGUUUAGUCAAUUAUUUAAAUUAUGAAUUUAUUGGGGCAUUUCUUUUGAUGUCAGAAAGAAUAUUUGUGAUUCACUUACAUUUGUAAUGCAAGCAAAAGCUACUCUAAGUCUUGUUGUAUUGCUCAGUAGAAAUGAAACCAGUGUGAGCUGAAGGCAAACAAAUAGAAUUUCUGCGAUAGGACUCCUCUUACUGUCACUACCUCUGAGUCCUACGACAGAGAAGGGCAAUAUGUUCUCUAUAGGGGCUAGAUGUGCUAGAGUACAUUAUAGGAUAGCGUACGGUCUUUAGGAUGCGCACGUAUUAGACGUUCUCAGUCGGACGAUCAAACCUUCAAAUAAAACCAAACAAUAGAGUAACCGUGUAGCCAACAACCUUGUAAGGCUCCAAACUGAACUUUCUUAAAUCUGUGCCUUCUGCUGUUUUCUACCGGAAACAGGUAUCCUAUUUCACAAGCAAAUUCAUAACGCGAAAGCAACGGAUUGCGAGACCAAACUAAACCAAGUAAUUGAACUUAAUCUAGCUAAAGAUGUUUUGCGCAGGCUCAUAAGACAGUUCUGUUGCGAAAGUUCCUUUCUUUGAUAAGAAGGAUUUAAAUUUACCCAUAACAAUUGUGUGAAAUUGAUUGGAUGAAUCCAAUCUCCGAAUGAUUAUCCUAAUUUGAUGGCUUUAGAAGGGGGGAGACGUUAUAAACCAGUAGACAAGCGAUUAACAAGUUCCAUAAAAAGUUCCACCAAUAAAGCAUGCAUUCCUACUGACAUUCUCCAACCCAAAGAAAGUGAAAGAUUUGAGAGAUAGUAACUCAAUGUACAUGCCGCGGUCGUGCUGUAUUGCUCCAAUUGUCGAACUUAUUUGAUAAUUCGUUAAACGUAAAUUAUGCCACAAAAAUGAAUAGGUUAUAUACCUGAUACUUUCAUGGUGGUAUGGAGUGGAUAUAACCAGGAGCCCAAUAUCAAAUUUCAAUUAAUAACUUAAGGGAGUAAAGUUGUAGGUAAUCGCGAGCCGAUUAAUGACAAAUAAGACGUUUUAUUCAUUCCCUCUUGUAUUAAGUUUUUGCCUGCAAGUGUGAACGACAAAUACUGACAGUCCUCAAUUUUGCGAUAACGGAUAUAUUUGAUUUAAGAAUAUAAAAAACACACUACAGAUAACCUUAUGCAUCUUAAACUAUAAUGAACUGUAUCGACAUCUUCCAAAAAUGCGUGACGUACUAGAGUAUUAACUAGUUGGAGCUACAUUUCAAACAAAAGGAAGCAAGUAUACAUAUACACACGAUGCACUAGUAUACCCAAGAACCCUUCGUACUCACACGUUUUCAAUAAAUGUAAAUGAAACUUGCCAGAGAAGUAACAAAAAUUAACUCAUCCUCACGUUUUGCUCAUC